AAAAUUAGAGGUUAUUCUGGACUGGAAGCUUCGCGCCCCCGAUUCAUAUCACCGGUAGAAGUAUUUUUCGUUCAUUUUCUCUUUGUUCUCCGAAACCUCAGUUUCGAGCUGCACAGCUUCCUGCUAACUCAGCCAUUGAAGCACUUACAAGAAUAAAGGUCGAAUAGUGACUCGUGAGGUUCAACGAUUAUGUUCAUUCCCAAAUUUUUAAGAGUUGGAAUUUGGACGGUUAAAGAGCUAUCAAGAGGAAAAUCUAGUACCGUAAUUAGAGCUAGAUAUACACAGAGCCCUUUUAGCCAGUACUUGCAAACACUGUCAGAAAAUAAGGUGUCCAAGGGAGCAAUCUUUCAGAAACUUCGUCAUUUUUCUUCAGCUACAGAUAACGAUCCUUCACAGGAAGGGAGUGGGCAGGAAGAAAAGAUUUCUGUGACAUUUGUGGAUAAAGAUGGAGAGGAAAAGCAUAUUAAGGUUCCGAUUGGAAUGUCUAUGUUAGAAGCUGCUCAUCAAAAUGACAUUGAACUUGAAGGAGCUUGUGAAGGCUCACUUGCCUGUUCAACGUGUCAUGUGAUAGUGAUGGAUAUGGAGUACUAUAAUAAAUUAGAAGAGCCAACGGAUGAGGAGAAUGACAUGUUGGAUUUGGCUUUUGCACUCACAGAAACGUCUCGUCUGGGUUGUCAAGUAAUUGCAAAACCCGAACUAGAUGGAGUUCGUUUAGCUAUUCCCGCUGCUACUCGCAACUUUGCUGUCGACGGGUAUGUCCCAAAACCACACUAGACUUGAUAAAGCAAUACAUAAGAGAGAGAUGUCAAAAUUUUAUGAAUGUAGUCAUCCCAUUUUUGUAGCUCUUGUAAUCUAAUGGAUCAAUAAUACUAUGCCUUUGUGGGCAACUUUUUCCUCUUUUUAUUCCCCUCUUAUUUGGGGCUCCAAAUUUUUGUGUUGCUUUAAAGUAUAUUGUUGAGAUUACCAUGUAAGAAACUAGUAAUAAUUCUCACGAGUAUUAAGGGAUUUUGCUGACCAUCUAUGGUCUAUACAAUAA